UUGAGUUCAGUGACGUCUUCGUCCUAAUAUAACAACACGGAUGAUAUUGCACACAGAGAAAGUACAGACGGAAGGAUAAUUGGGUUAUCGUCUGAGGCGUACUGUUACUGAGACCAACAGACAAUCAGACAGCACAUUUCUUUAAAAUAAAUGACCGAGGAACCAUGAAGUGACUUGUUUGACCGUAUUCUGAAGUUGACAAGGUCCAACAACAACAAGGGGUAAUCAUGCUCAGCUUCUUUGGUCUCCGUAAGGACUCGAAGAAGUCAACAUCCGACAAGGAAGUAGAUGGAGGCUUUGUUAUCGUUGGAGAGACAGUUGAAGAACAGAGGCGCAAGUCGCAGACCUCAAACUUCUCACGGCACUCAACAAAUGUCAUAGUGCAGCCGUCAAAGUCGUCUGUUCCAACUCCAACUCAGUCCAAUGACAUAAACCUCCCUGCAGCUUUACCUAACGUGGGGCCAGUAGCCUCUCCUCCAGCGAUGGAGGCUGCUUCAACUCUCCCAGAUCUCCUCGGGGACAUCCCCUUCACUUUGGCUCCUCACGUCCUAGCCAUGCAGAUGGGAUCCCCCCUCGUCCCCGAUGUACUGCUCUCCCGGGACAUAAACUACAACCUGGCCAGCUUUCAGUACGACUUCACCUUAGAGAACUCUGUGCUCUAUGAUGCCUAAGUCUGUUGGAGAUUUAAUUACAUCACUUCACACUGUGUAGAACUUGGCUGACCUAUUGAACAAGAAAAAUCCUUGACAGUUUGAAAAAUAUCACCUCAUUUAAUUAGAUCAGUGGUUGAUAGCUGUGUAGCAUUAAAGUCCUGUAUUUAACUCUCAUAGCAAUUAAGUCCAGUUGAUAUCAAGUUGUGCUGAAUGUAAAAUCUAUUGAAGGUGAAAAGUUUACAGUUUUGUAGGAAAUGAAUGCUUUUGUGCUUAUGUGCCGUUUAAGUUUUACUGCACAUAUGGGGUUUGGAUCAUGGCUGUGGAAGACGUUAGGACAAGCCCUACUGUCAGCGUUCACUGUAGACACAGCAUUGCACUGUGUUAUAAUGUCAUGGCUAAGCAGAGGGGGAAUGCGAACAAGAGCCAAAAUGGCAUUUGAAAAUUCCCAUUCGAAAGCCAUCAGUAGUAGUGCCCUAACCACAAAAAUAAGGCCCAGGUUGUGCUAAACUGGAGUUUGCCUUUAAGAAGAGGUUGUUAUUUAUUAUACAGGGCUCCACAGUCCCCAUGCUGCUUCAUAUACGAUGAAAGGUCGUCCAACUGCAUUUGACGGUAUGGAAACUAGUUGAUUAAGCAAUAACUGACUCAUAGCUUAGUACAUGGACAUGGAAUCAGAAGGACAAAAAUGAAUACCUCUGUUCAACUCAAACCCGCACCUUCAUAAGAAAUGCCUUUCCUCAUUUGACGCACGUUUUAGUUACUGCAGAACUUGUCAGGAGUCACGACAGCAUAUACUGUUACAUUACAGUUUUUGGAUUUAAACUUGUGAAGAGCAUAGUUUUUUUUUUUGUUCACAUGUAGGAAUACAUUUGUACUGAGUCAAUGAAUUUACUCAUGAAUUUUAAAGAAAUGAUUGUUUGUACAUGAUUAAAUUCAGACUCCUCAACCUGUUGUGCCUUUUCUACAUUGACUCCCACUUAAGUAUCGAUCUUGCAGCAUUUGGUGACCUGGGUUACUGUUUGAUGCGUGUAAUGUGUGGUCUUAGUUGUGACUGUGAAAGAUGACUUCACAAUAAAUUUGAAGAGAGUUGUUUAACUUGUAAUUAUCAUCAUGUUGGUUACAGUGGAUUGAUGCUGUUUGAAAUGUGUAUGUGAAGCCAAUAUCUAUCUGUCUGUGGCUACAGUGUCCUAAUGAAUGGUAUUGGAGACCUGGUGUUUUGGUCCUCCUUCCUGGCUUGUCACGUGAGGAAACUACAUGGAGGCGAAUCACUAGCCUGUCAUCACAUCAAUACUUGUGUAUAUUCUUUAAUUAAAGGUGUGUUGCAAGCAUUGCAAGUCCAUCAA